AUGAUCGGAAUUCUUUUGAAUGUCGCAGCCGUUAAGCUAAUCUAUCGCACACCCUCCUUCCAUAAUGCAUUUGGCUACAUUUGUGCAUCGCAUUUGGUCGCUGAUGUUGGCGUACUCACGAUUUUCACUUUUUGGGCUGCUCCAGCAACUCUACUUGGUUUAUCUGGAGCGAUAACUCAUUCUUAUUUCGGAGAGAAAAUGGGCCAACUCACCGUGAUAUUCUGGUUUGGCUCUGUCUAUGGACAAUUACAGAUGGCUCUCAAUCGACUUUUGGCUAUCUGUUCCCCAUUCAUGUACAAGUACGUCACGGGGUGUAACUUCCUAUACGACGCGGAAUCGUUCCUUUGGACAUACUCCUCUACCUCAUGCAGCCGCUUUGUCUCAUUUUACAUUGCCUUCGCAUAUUGUGCAGUUCUGUGCGCUACAGUUAUUGUAAUUGAUACGGUUGCUUUUUUGGUUAUUCUGAGGAACCUAAAGGUAAGUGAGUUGAGAUUCUCCUACCCCUGUUCAGUCUAA